AUGAGAAACUACUUCAAUGUUUUCAAGAAAGAGAGCCGAUUGUUCACUAGUCUAUUGGAGAAGGAGGUGGAUAAGGGAACUUUCGAUAUGCACGAUUACGUAUCGAAAUUUACAAUGGAUAUUCUGUGUGAUGACUAUCUAGGAAGACCAUCUUAUCUAGAUGUGAUGCUGAAUCAGUAUGAAGGAUUAUCUGAUAAGGAGAUUGCAAUCAAAAUCACUGACAUGUUCAUUGCAAAGUACAAGAAAAGUCUACAGAGAAGUGAUCGUGUCAUGGAGUAUGGAGACUUUGAAAUUGAGAGACUAUCAAGACUGCACUACAUGGAAAUGGUCAUCAAGAAGUUCUGCGGUUAUAUACAGCACCAUGUGUGGUUCGACAGUGUUUCCAGCAGGAACAGAGCUCUGUUGAGUCUCUAUGCAGUUCACAGGAAUCCUAAAUACUGGUCAAAUCCUCUCGAGUUCCACCCAGAUCACUUCCUACCAGAAAAUGUGUCAGCCAGACCAAAAUACAGCUACAUACCUUUCAACAUGGGACCUAGGAAUUGUCCUGGUGAAUGA